GGGCGAGGGCAGCGGAGCGCGGUUCGCCCGCUGUUCUUCGGUCUCCAGGGCUUUGCCUUUUAAAGCCUGCUGGAGGAAAAGGCCAAAGGCUCUCUGGGGUUCUUCCUGGGCAGGACACAAGACCGAGGCGCGAAUCCUAACGGCUUCGUUUCUAGACGGGAGAGCGAUUCUCCCGGCCGGUCCCGGGAGCCCUCGGCGACGUCGCGGACAGCGGAGACGCAGGGCCGCGGCCUCCCGGGCUAGAGCGCGGGCCGCGCGGGCGCCCGGCACCUGGCCCUAAGCCUCGCCUGCGCCUCCGCCGCGGCGCCAGGGGGCGCAGCGGGGCGACGGGAGCGCGGCGCGUGCGCGCUGGGUGGGCCGGGGCCGGGGACUCGGCCGGGUGCCACCGCCCCGCCUGGGCAGCAUGAAGCCCGCGGCGGGCGCGCAGGCUCCUGGCGGCGCAGGGCCGCGGGAGCGAGGCCUCUGCGUGCUGUGCGGGCUGCCCGCGGCCGGGAAGUCCACCUUCGCGCGCGCCCUGGGCCGCCGGCUGCGGCAGGAGCGAGGCUGGGCCGUGGGCGUCCUCUCCUACGACGACGUCCUGCCCGACGUCCCCGUGGACCCCGAGGGCGCGCGGCCGCCGCCAUCCCAAUGGAAAAUGCUUCGACAAGAACUGUUGAAGUACCUGGAAUGCUUCCUGACUGCUGUCAUUAAUGGGUGCCAGAUGUCUGCCCCGCCCGACAGGACAGAAGCCAUAUGGGAAAAUUUUAUAACUUGCCUAAAGGAUCAAGAUCUGAUAUUUUCUUCGGCACUCGACGCCCCAUCUCACUAUCUCUUAGCAAAAACUGCUGUUUCUAGACCUCUAUUUUUGGUUUUAGAUGACAACUUCUAUUAUCAAAGUAUGAGAUACGAAGUCUUCCAGCUGGCUCGGAAAUAUUCGUUAGGCUUUUGCCAGCUCUUUUUAGAUUGUCCCCUUGAGACCUGCUUGCAGAGGAAUGGCCAGAGAUCGCAAGCACUGCCUCCUGAGGUCAUCUACACAAUGGGGAGGAAGGUAGAAAGGCCUAACCCUGAGAAAAAUGCCUGGGAACACAACAGCCUCACAAUUCAGAGUCCAGCAUGUUCUUCGGAGACCAGCCUGGAGGUGACUGAUUUAUUGCUUACUGCUUUGGAAAAUCCAGUAAAAAAUGUUGAGGACAAUAUGGAACAAAAGGAAAUGGACAGAAUUAUUUGUUCAACUAACAUUCUUCAUAAAACUGAUCAGACACUCCGAAGAAUUGUCUCUCAGACGAUGAAGGAAGCAAAAGAUGAACAAGUACUUCCUAACAACUUGAAGCUUCUAGCAGAAGAACUUAAUAAGCUCAAAGCAGAAUUUUUGGAAGACCUGAGACAAGGAAACAAAUAUCUAUGUUUUCAACAAACCACUGAUCUAUCAGAUGUCACUUCUUUUUUUUGUAACGAGAAAGAUAAUAUUGUACAGAAGUACUUUUCAAAGCAACAUUAAAAUCUCAGAAUUUCCAACUGUU